CAAGAGAAGAGCAUCAAUUCACAGAGGGACAGAAAGGAAACGGAUGCAAGUUUCAGCUCCCUGAAGUUAAUGUUGCUAAUUCUUAGAUAUCGUGUUUUAAAUUUUAAUAUCAUGUCAGCGAUCUUUCAUUUGAAAAUCGUGUUUUUUCCUGUCUGUCUUGGUCUCUCUGCUCUCAUUGUUUCUCUGUCCGGUGGACGGAGAGCUGCAGAUAUUCAGUGUUUAAAUGUUCUUCACCCAACAGAGACAAACUGCUGGAGGAAAAUCAUUCAUCUGACAGCAAAGAUGCAGUGGAGUCUGAUUCUGCUCUUCCUGAUGGAAUAAGAACUGGACUGAAGCUCAGCAGUACUGCAGAGAGAAUCACACUGACCUGGCCACAGUGACCAACAUGAAGGACAUGGAGAGACUCAACAUCUCAGCUGGAGGUCAGAGGGCAGCUUGGAUUGGUCUGAUCAGUAAACCAGAAUUUACCAGAACAUGGUACUGGUCUCUGUCUGGAGUGGAGUUCAAUCAAAGUGAGACAAACUGGAACCAAGAAGAACCAAAUGAUGGAGGAACUCAAGAUUACGAGAACUGUGUGGCUGUGGAUAAAAAUCUCAAAUGGCUAGAUUACGGUUGCCAGUGGCCUCAAUAUUUCCUCUGCUAUGAUGAAACUGAUCCAACCCAUAAAUAUCAGCUGAUUAAAGAGAUGAAGACCUGGCAGAAAGCUCAGAGUUACUGCAGAGAGAAACACACAGACCUGAUCAGUGGAACGAAGCAACUAAAGGAUGAAGAAGUGAAGACAGUGAUGAACUUUGGUUUCCAAUACCUAUAUAUUGGUCUGUUCAGAGACACCUGGAGGUGGUCAGAUGGAAGCAGUUUCUCUGUCAGACACUGGAAUAAUGAAUUAAACAAUCCAAAAUCUGUCAGAGAUCUUUGUGCCAUGAUUGAUGAUGGAGGCAGAUGGAAGAAUGAGAGCUGUACUGAAAGAAAUCCCUUCAUCUGUUAUGAUGAUAAAUUUAUCCUGAUCAAAGAGAAGAUGAACUGGGAGGACGCCUUGUACUACUGCAGAGAGAACCACCAUGACCUGGUCACCAUCACCAACAUGGAUGAUCAGAGAUGGAUCCAGGAGAAAGUCCAGAACGCAUCGACUAGUUAUGUCUGGACGGGUCUGCGCUACACCUGCACUCUAGAUUUGUGGUUCUGGGUCAGUGAUGAGGUGGUCAGCUAUAAGAACUGGGCCGAAGGUGAACCGGUGGACAAAUGUGACAUGUCUGGAGCCAUGGAGACGGGAGGAAAACAUCAGUGGAGGAAGAAAAACGAUCUUGAGGAAUUUAAUUUCAUUUGUUCUAAAAAGUAAAAUCCACUGUGUUCUUUUUUUUUUUUCUUUCAUUGUAACUGAACUUUUUACAGAAAUCUUGAUGUUGCUUUUGGUUUUCUUGUGGUUUUAGUAACAUUUUCGUCACAUAUUAUUUUACUGCAUAUGAGAUUAUGUUUUGUUCUGUGGAUUUACUGCAAGGACAUACUUUAUAUUAUUUGUAGCCAAAAUUAGUAAAUCUUUUUACUCUAUCCCACAAAACACAAUUAGUAAAAAUACAGAAAUAUCUAAUAAUUUAUAUUUACAGAAUUAUUAUAUAUGAACAUGGCCUAUGUGUGACAAAUGCAUCGUUCUGUAUUUAAUAAUAUAAUGUUCUUGGUCUGUUGGAGAAUUUAUGUUUAUCUGAACAGCUAAAUUCAUGCUGAUUCUUCUCACUUAUGUUAAUAUUAGCAGUAUUGUGUUUUCAGCAGCGCUCCCUGCAGAACUAAAAAUCUUGUGCAGAUCGACAGAUGUAGCAAAGAGAUAUUGCUGACGGUUUAACCUAGGGGGCGCAACGGAGUCAAAUUACAUCUGGGGCUCUUUAGAGGUGAACACAGGUCUUACAUUUUGAGUUUGGUGCCAAUCGGAUCAUCCAUGUGUCAUUUAAAGACAAUCGUAUGAAUAUGGCGAGGGUCUGAUAUUUGCUAUUUGGCCACGCCCACACGGUUCAGCCAGCAUUGACAGAGUUCAUUAUAUUAACAUUUAUAUUAGUUUGCACAUGAUUAAACACAUAUAAAUAGCAUGGCUUAGGGCUGAUCAUUUCAAAUAUUCUAGGGCGCGCUGUAGAGAAAUUAGGCCACGCCCACCAAAUUUCGUUAUGGAUUCCUGUUGGGGGUUAGAUAAGGAUCUAUCCUAGUGAGUUUGGAGAAGCUCGGCCCAAAACUGUGGAAUUCAGAGCCAAACGUAUGACAGCGGCGUUAGAGGUCACUUCGCCACGCCGCCACGCCCACCUGCUCCAUGGAAGCCGGUCAGGGCUGGAAUACACAACACACCAACAUGUCUUCUGUCUCUGGACACAGUUUCAUGUUGAUUAGGUCAAAGGGGUAACAUAGCGACCAAUCAGAGUAAAACAUGACACUUCCUGUUCUCAGUGGGCGUGGCUUAAGUGAUGCAAUUCGCAUCGCUUUGCUGCUCAGGCCUAAUAAAUGGGCGGUGAAGCCGAUUCAUGAUGCGAAACGACCAGUAAAUCCACAGGAUAAGCAGACAGCAGAGUGUCUUGAUCUCGGGGAGAAGGACGCCGCUUCACUGCCAUCAUUCGGUCACGUCAUGUUUUAGGAGACCGUUAGGAAGGUAGGCCAACCGGGAGCUACUCCACCUUUCCCUCGAUAUGUCACUUGACGUGUGAUCUCAUGAUAUCUGAUGAUGUUACGAUUCCAUUUCAUGUAUGAUUAUAUCUGAUAUUGAUAUUUUUAAUUUAUCGAGCUGCAUUCUGCCAGCCUGCAAACUGUCAUUACUGUUCUGUUCUCAGUGUAGUCGGCUUUGGUUGUUUUUAAUUUGCUCCAUAAAUAAACUUUGAGUUGGC